AAAGAAGUAAAACACGAUUUUGGCAGUUUCAUUGAUUCUUUCAUUCAACUGUCAACAUCCAAUAUGUUUUUUACGGUCCGUCUGUUUUACAAGAUUUGUAUUUAUUAUUAAGCGUUCAUAGAUUCGUAACUAAGAGAUAGAUUGAUCGAUAUUGCUAGCAGACGAAACAGAGUAAACCACUUUUAUGCAUACACAAACACAAAGAGUAUAAUGGAAAUAUGGGGCUGACGAGCAACACGGGUCUUCUAUCGAGUGUGCAGCAGAAGUCCACGAACAAUAAACAGAAGUUUCAGAGUAUUAAUUUAGAACUAAAAUGCGAAGUCACACCAGCCCCAUUCAUGCUGCGGCCUUAUGCUGGUCUCUACAACCCCUUCCCUCACGGGUGUUCAGUGCUAUGCAACCAUCCAGCCGACACAGAAGCUAAGGAAUACGUCAAACGAGCUAAGGAUAAUUGGUUUUUGGAAGGCAAAACACAUUUCUUUCAAGAGGAUCUAGCGAAGUUCCAAGAUGCACCUGAGAAAAAUAAAACCCCCCACGAUAUUGUCACCGAGGAUAUGUUCAGAAGGUAUGCAGAAACUGACUCGAGACCCCUCACUCCUGCGCCGACGCUGGCCAGCGGGAAGUCCAGGGGCUCGCGGAGAUGCCUUACACCCGACCAGCCACACCAGAGAACAACCAUCGUUCUUGACUUACGAAGAAGUCAUAGUCAAGAAACCCUUUAUUACCACGGAUAUACAACAUCGGAUAUGACCGUCGGGCACACGACAACCGCGACCAACGAUCGGUCUACGCUGCCAUCCUUGAACCUCUCCGAAGGCGCCCACAACCGUUUGCUUAAAGGUCAAUGCGAACAACUACCACCAUUGGCGUCACCACUUGUGCUCUCGAAGAGGGCUGUGCCUGUAAAAGAACCACUCAGCGUCAGAACCGCAAAAAAGAAUCAACUAAAGGCACUGAAUCUAGGUAAAGCUAUCAAGAACAAAAAUAAAGGCGAUACGCCAGCAUCGCAGCGUUCAAAGGGAGAAAAAGAAUCAAAUGAUGGCAGUGAACAGGGACUGGCAAAUAUGGAGGAAGGAGGCGAGAGCCGUAGACGUGGCAAGAGACGGCGUAAGGGCCGUCAGGGCGCAAGCGAUCGAUUGACAUCAGCGGGACUCGCGGCUCAGGCGCAACAAGAUCCUGAGACUCAGAUAGCGGGUAUUGGCAGCGACUCACAGAACCCCAGUUCCCGAGGGUCUAUCGCGCCGUCAGCUGAUGAUGAAAUUAUCACCUUGCCUAUGAUCAAGACUGGUGCUGCCAGGAAGACUGACUCGUUCCUCGAUGAUGAAAUUUUGAAGUAUUUACAUAGAGAAGUUGACGAGGAAGCAAUUGAGACGGAAUUUGAUACCAAACGACGCUAUGUCCUCGAGGAAGCGUUAAGAACACGUCCAGAACGGCAGUUCGGACAAGAGAUGCAAACGUUACUUCGUGAAAUGAAAGUGCCGGCGAUGAGCCUCGGCGACUGGUUGCACAUACCUCGAAAAUUUUCCCGCCAAAACGCGCAGUUCUCCUUACCUAUAGAUUCAUAUGCGCUUGAGUCUUUAACGCCAAUGAAUUACGCGGCUCGAUUCGUCACUUUGAAGAAAUCGAAGCAGUUACUCUAUCUUACAGUGCUCAGAAAAUUCAGACUACGAGGAUAUAGGAUGCCAAUUAAGUAUAUAGAAGAAGGCCUAAUUCUGAUGAUGGGUGGCAUCCUCACAGCGGAGCAGGCGGGACAUUUCAAAAGGAUCAUGGACUGGGAGAAUUAUGAAGAAGAAGAAAAUAUACCGGAUGAAAUCAAACUGACUUUGUUAGACACUGGGUUCAGAAGGACCACUGUCAGUGAAGGGGAAGACACAGAGGAGUCAGACGAGAACACUAUAAAAUAUCGGACUUGGUGCGGUCUUUGCGCAGUAUGUGAACGAAUGUAUGGAAGGUUUCCACCGCGAGACAAAGAUCCACCUGAUGGGAUGGAGUUAAGCGAUUUCAGCAUGGUGGAAACAAAGCUAGCAACCCUAAAAGUGAAUAGGGGUUUAAUCGAAAUUUUAAACGCGAUAAGAGAGCGAUAAUUUAUUUAAUUUAAUGUUAAUUGAUUUUUAAAGGAAAU